GCUGAAGGCCCACUUUGGUUAGCGAACGAACGCGGAGCCUGUAGAUUCUGGGGGGUCCUGCGGUGAAAUCAGCAGACUCUAGUCACCAUGGUUACCGUCGCCGCCGCAGCCGCCAGUUACGACGACGAGGUUCACAGCCGUGCCGCGCUGCGGGAGGCCUUCGGAGACUCAUCAGACAGCGAUUCCGACGCGCCCCGCGGCGCGGCUAGCACCCCGCCGGUUCACGGGGCGGGCCGCGAGCGCUGGAGAUGGGCGGCGGUGGCGGGGGUAAGGGGCCUGUGGCUCUGCGCCGCCUUCCUCUCGCCCGACGAGCAGUCGCGCCUUCUCGCCGCGAUCCAACGAGAAGAAUGGUUCACUGAUGCACACAACCAAGCAAUGAGAUUUGGUGAUCUCCCUCCAUGGGCCGUGGAACUUUCUGCACUUGUUCGGGAAGCUAUUUGCGUUGGUGGUGUUGAUGCUAGUGUUGGCGCUGGGUGGAUGAACGAGGAUGAAGACGCAUGUCCUUUGCCGUCAGAUUUGCUGUGGAGAGAACCGCUUUUUGAUCAACUGAUUGCAAACAGAUACAAGCCAGGUGAGGGUAUUUGUGCCCAUGUUGAUCUCAUGCGCUUCGACGACGGGAUUGUUAUAGUCUCUCUCGAGUCUGCAUGCGUGAUGCGCUUCAGUCAAGAAGGUGCUGCCUGUGAUACGCAAAAGCACGGGGAGAGCGAAUGCACAAACGUCCCCGUCUACCUGAACCCAGGCUCACUUGUCGUAAUGUCAGGCGAUGCACGGUAUCACUGGAAGCAUGAGAUUAAUCGCAAGCCAGGUGCUCAGCUCUGGAACGGGAGUGAGCUUGAGCAGCAUAGAAGAACUUCAGUUACUCUGAGGAAACUCAGGGCUUCUCCCAACUAAAAUUGGCAUUGUUAACAUUUGUUGCAUAAUGUUAUCGUUUUGGCAAUGUUAUACCGAUUAUUUUGCAGUGUAUCAUGGAGAAGUUUAAUUAGUUUGCUACAUACAAUCAGCUAAAUGUUUGUUUUGGGCAUGUGAAUACAGUGCUAUGUAUUUAAUAAAAUAUUGUUGACUGUUUAGAAA